AUGGCGCUCAUACAGACUGCGUUCAUAUGGGUUGCCUAUGCCGUCGCUGUGGGCAUCGUAGCUCUCAUAGCAGCCAUUUUUACGUAUACUUAUCAGACACCACGCGAUCGUUCAGCUCUGGUUUCUACCAUUACUAUCAUCACCUUGACCUCUCUACUGGCAACCGUUCUACUUCUUCCUGUUGAUAUUGCCCUUGUUAGCUCUACUACUUCCUCGAAGCUUGGCGCAAAGAAGGAUUGGGCAACUCCCGAAACCGUUCACAACAUCGUCCUGACUCUCAAAAUCGUUUAUUAUGCAUUGUAUAGCUUGGAUGCUGUAUUGUGUCUCCUCGUCAUCCCAUUUACCUACUUCUUCUAUGAGGAAUAUGACGAAGUCGAUGCGGAGGAAGGCACACAGACUUUCGGCCAAAGAUUUCUCGGCGCUGCAAAAUAUACGUUAAUCUUUGUCGUCCUUGUCGUAAUCGUAUUCCUGGUUGGAUUUUUUGUACCUGUUGCAAAAGAUCGUGGAACCGAUAUGGACCUAGACUAUUUCAAACGUCUGCUGGCUGAAAAUCAUGGAGAGCGCGCCUUGACCUUCGCAUUAGGACUAUUGAUUUCAUUGGGCACGCUGUUGUACGUCCUUUACACUGCUGUUGGAUUGGCAUUAUUGCCUAUCUCUUUCAUUAAAUCCGCACCUUCCAUUAGUGCACCACAACUUUCAGAAACAACCGCAUCAGCUCUAGAGCAAAACAGAGAACGACAACGUCAACUCGAAGGACGAAAUGCCGGGAGAAACGGCGGUUUGCCGGCUAAAGACCAGCGAGAGCUGGAGGCAUUACACCGUGAGGAACGCACUCUGGUUCGACGUGAACGUCUAGCCUCAGAAGCCCGAGGAGAAGGGAAGAGCUUUAUCGUGAGAGCAUGGACCAAAACCUGCGCAAUCUUCAGGCCCCUCAAAUUGGUUGGAGGAAUACUACUCCUUGUUCUCGCUGUUGUUAUAUGGGUUUCCAUGCUCAUUACCGGAAUUGAUAAGGCGAAGAAUUCCUUCUGCAAACAGCAUUGUGGUUACAUCCUAGGAAGUAUCAACAUUUUCCAGCCGAUUAAUUGGAUUUUCGUCAAGUCAUCUGUAGUCUUCCCAAUUGACUAUGUCUUGAUGGCACUUCUAGUCUUGUUCCUCUUCAGCAGUUCGGUGACAGGUAUUGCCGCGAUCGGUCUCCGAUUCUUGUGGGUGAAGCUCUUUGAGAUACGGAAAGGCCACACUUCCCCCCAAGCUCUUCUCAUGGCAACUGUCAUGUUGACUUUGAUCAUUCUCGCAAUCAACUAUUCGAUUGCUAUGAUCAUAGCCCCGCAAUAUGCUAUAUAUGGCGCUCAAACCUUCUGCGCCAACCCUACUAGAUUUCCCGGCGAUCAACCAGACUGUAGCAACCAUCCCGAGUUGAUUAAGACUUGCAGUGAGCUAUCUUCUGGCGAAGGUGCCGAGAAGGUUUGCACUCCUAGCGUUGUCUCUACAUUCCUCAACAGACUUACCGUCAACUUCCCAUUCUUCGGUGCACUCGCAUUCUGGGCUCAAUUCGCCUUCCUCGCAGUGUUCUUGAUCGUCUUCGUCACUUCACUCUUUCGAACUCCUAGAUUAGAUAUCAGCGAGCUUGAUGAAGAUGCUGAGGCUGAUGAGGAAGAAGGUCUUCUUGCCAGUACCGGCAGAAGAUUUGGUGCGACAUGGCAGGAUAUCCGUGGCAAAACCAAGAAGCAGAAUACUAGCAGUGGUGCCGCUGGCCGAGGAAUCCGUGGUGAUGAUGAUCUUAAUGAUAAUUAG